AUGAACGCCCUCGUCGGGAAGAACUGCCCCGGGACGCGCGGCCUCGACUUCUUUCAAUGGGGCGACAGCGACGCCAACGUCUUCAACGGUCCGUUCCAGGUCGAGCAGCGCAUCCAGCGCGAGAUCCGGGCCAACCCGCGCGCGCUCAAGAAGAUCUACGACGUGCCCGAGGAUACCGACAUUUACAUUUGGCAGUACGAGCACCUCCGGCAGGUCGUGAAGGAGCUCAACAUCCUCGUCGCGCUUCUCGAUGGCGAGUGCACGAAUGGGUCGUGUACGAUCAUGAAGGCCACGGACGACUGGGUCUUUCUCUGUGCGGCCCACAAGACACCGAAGGAGUGCUGCGCCUUCGACUACAUUGUGCACACCCUCGACAAUGCGAACCAGCUCCUCACGUCGUCUCGCAUCUUCCCAUCCCGCGUCAGCAUCACGCGCGACGCGACGCAGUACUUUCAGAGCGUCGCCCGGCGAUUGUACCGGAUCUUCUCGCACACGUACUUCCACCACCAAGAUGCGUUCCAGCACUUUGAGCAAACCUCGUACCUCUGCCACCGCUUUGUGCACUUUUCGAUCCAAUUCAACUUGAUUCCGAAGAACCUCCUCAUCAUUCCGGACAUGGCCUAA